GUAGGUUAACAGUACUGGAGAAGUGCUUGGCAGAGGAAGAGAGAGAGAGAGAAAGAGAGGAGGAGGAGGAGAAAGAAGGGAUUUUUUUUUAAAGGGGGGGAAGUGUGGAGAGAGAAAGAUCAGAAGGAAGAAACGACAAGUCUAUUAUUUACUAAUAAAAGCCAACUGCCAAGAAGAGGAGACGGGGCGGUUGCAAAACAAGGAGCCAAGAGGAGAGAUCCCAAACUGGACACUUUUAGGAUCUCUCCGUAUCCUAUAGCGAUUUCUUCUGUCUUUUCUCCUUGUCCCUGAGGAGUGGCGGCCCCGAAUUUUUCAUGCGAUUCCCAGAAGAGAAAUAAAAGAAGUCCAGUGAAAAUGAGGGCACAAAUUGAAGUUAUCCCCUGCAAGAUAUGUGGAGACAAAUCUUCCGGGAUCCACUAUGGCGUGAUUACCUGCGAAGGUUGCAAAGGUUUCUUCCGCCGGAGCCAACAGAAUAACGCCACCUACUCCUGUUCGCGACAGCGCAACUGUCUUAUCGACCGGACGAACAGAAACCGGUGCCAGCACUGCCGCCUGCAGAAAUGUUUGGCACUGGGCAUGUCCCGUGACGCGGUCAAGUUUGGCCGCAUGUCGAAGAAGCAACGGGACAGCCUCUACGCCGAGGUCCAGAAGCACCAGCAGAGCCAGGAGCAAGGCGGUGGGGGCACCAAGGAAGAGGUGGACACCCUAUCGAGGGUCUACACCACUAGUGUCAGCAGUGGGUUCUCCGACCUGGAUGACAUCUCCGUGCUCUCGGACGGGUUCCUCUUCGACUUCCCCUUGACCCCCGAUGGGAACAGCACCUAUUAUAACUUGGACCUCCUCACCUCUGCCCAGCCGUCGCCCGACCAGUCCAGCCUGGAUCUGAGCGAUGCCAAGCUCAUCAAACAAGAAUCCAUCUACGAGAUCAUGCUGGAGGCGCCGGCCCUCUUCCCGCACGGCCCCCUGGACAAUAACCAGUUAGCCACGGACAUUUCGGCGAUGGAAAUCGAGCGUCUUGCACAGAACGUGGUCAAAUCGCACAUAGAGACUUCACAGUAUACCAGCGAAGAGUUGAAGAGGUUAAUCUGGACUCUCUACUCUCAGGAAGAGAUCAGGAACCUGCAGAGCAAGAGCUGCGAGGACAUGUGGCAGGAGUGCGCCAUCCAGAUCUCCAACGCCAUACAGUACAUUGUGGAGUUCGCCAAGCGGAUUGAAGGCUUCAUGGAGCUGUCCCAGAAUGACCAGAUCAUCCUCCUCAAAGCAGGUUGUCUGGAGGUUCUUCUCAUCCGGAUGGUCCGGGCUUUUAAUCCAUUGAAUAACACAAUACUCUUUGGCGGGAAGUACGGCGGAAUGCAGAUGUUCAAAUCCCUCGGUUGUGAUGAUCUUGUCAACUCCGUCUUCGAGCUGGGGAGGAAUCUUUGUCGGCUCCAACUCUCGGAUGAAGAAGUGGCGCUUUUCACCGCUGCGGUUCUGCUCUCCCCAGAUCGCCCCUGGCUGUCAGAGUCCAAGAAAGUGCAAAAACUUCAAGACAAGAUUUACCUGGCUCUCCAGCAUGAGAUCCAGAAGCAAAACGCCAGCGAAGACAGACUUUCCAAGAUCGUCUCUAAGCUUCCCUUAAUGAAGUCCAUCUGCAACCUCCACUUGGACAAGUUGGAAUUUUUCCGCCUGGUCCACCCGGAGACGGCCAAGAACUUCCCGCCCCUUUACAAAGAGGUUUUCAACACCGAGCUCCAUUACAGUAACCCCCGGGAGAGCUAAGCCAGCGCCCUUGGCGGCCCCCUCCCCCGGAUUUUCCAGAACAGACUCAGUCUUGUGUGAAGGCGGUGGAUGAGCAACGGAAUGUGUGUGUGUCUGUGUGCGGGUGUCAAAUAUGGAGGGAAAAAGUCCCACCCACCCUUGGAGGUUUGUUUUAAAGUGUAAGACUUUCCCUCGCCCGGCUCGCCGACUGAAUGUAAAUGCACCUUUGGAGGAUCAGCAGAGAGAGAGAGAAAUAGACUUUUCCUAUACCGGCAAGAUGAAUGUGAAAUUCUGUUCGGUAGAAAAGAAAACUCCCACGAGUAAGCACCGUUGCAUCUCUUUUUUGAUUUGUCACUGGGGCAUGUGCUUUUUUGCCUUCCCGCACCCAUGAUGUGUGGGCCUGGCAUUUCACGGGACGUACCGUCAUCGGACAUCCGCACGCCACACGCUGUUUCUACUGGCCUUGUUUGGGACGUUUGUACAGUAGAUUCUUGUCGCUGUCGUGUGCAUGGUUUGCUUUGUUCCCUCCCACCCAGUGAGCACAACACAACGCUGGAGGCACAAAAGGCAAAGGAAAACCAGGAAGGGCCCGCGUCGUUCAACUUAAGGGGGGGGCGUUGUCUGAACCCAAGUCACAAAGCUCUGCCUGUCCAGCUAGCAGGCCAGGAUGGAAGAGGAGUGAACUGUGGGUGGGAGGGAAACCUUUGGAUUUUAUUUUAUUUUGUAAUUAGCAUUCUAAGUUAUCUGGAGAUCAAAGCUGGGGGGCAGGACCCUCCGAUGGAGUGGGGCUAGAGAGCUGGUCCCUGACGCGAGAUCGCCAACAUGUUCCUGGUGAAUAAUGCUGCUAAAUGGGGGUUGAGAAAUGCAUUCCUCCGGGGUUGAGGAUGGUGGAUCACAUCUCCCAUCAUCCCUGGCUAGGCUGACUGUGGCUGAUGCGCAUGGGAGUCCAGCCAUGUCUGGUAGAAGGGAGGGGAGGGGUCGAGGUCUCUACGGCCUUGCUCUGUACUGUGGGUUUCAUGAUCCCACGAGAACAGAGCGAAAGUCUGGCAGACGUCCUCACCAUCCGCGUGAGGUCAGAUCUUUGCUAGGCCAACCCAAAGGGGCAAGCUUUCAAAACCUUAUCAUACAGAUUCUCAUGUCAUGUUACAGUGGCACAGACGUUUUGUACAGAGUUGGGGGGGGGCUUUUCAUGGGUCUGUUUCCCCCCCCAUCCCCGUGAGCUCCGGUCUCACUUCAAAUGUUCUUCAAGCUUUCUGUGGGAUCUCUGAUUCGAGGUUUUCACAACAUAGGGCCUAUGGGAUGCUGGUUUUGUAGGGAAGAGCAACACAGUGGUCCUACAAGUUACGGGGCUGUGGGUGAGGUGAUUGAAAUCCCCUGCCAGGUUUGUAGGAGAGAAUAGUGGGAUCCACCCACACCUCCCACACACAAGGUUGACUCUCCAAUAUUGUUGAUUGAAAUUAGACUCAUCCGUUGUGUUUCUGUGUCACGAUAAACCCUGGUUUACAUGUUCAUUGCUUCACCCACAGACUGCCUAGCAAAUCACCAACAAAGCCAUUUUUCUCUGGGGUCCCUGUUCAUCAUUUCUCUUUCAGGAUGGGUGGCUCGAGGAACAAGCCAAAGUUCUGGGUUCUUAACAUCAUGGCAAGCCACGAUUCUGACAAGCCAUAAUUCAUUACAAAACAAACAUGGCUUCUCAUUGUUUGUUUGUUUGCCAUAAUGAGAAGCCAUGUUUGUUUUGUAGGGAGGGAUUGAGACUCAGUGAACAAAACAGGCUACGACAAACCGCAACUUGGUUUAUGGUUCUGCGCAAACCAUACCUUUACUCUUCGGACGAAAACCCGGAGUAAACUGAUGACUUCUGCAGACGACUUCAUCUGAUUUCCCAGAGUGAGGGAGGAACUAGUCUCUGUUUAUUUAUGGUACCUGACAGGCGCCCACUCUCCUGUAUCUGUACGCUGCACUUUAACCAUCCGACAUUUCCAGCGGAUUUCAAAUUUGUCCUAGCUUUAAAAAAAAAGAAAAAAGGAAGAAAAGCACCCAUGAAUUGCAUUGGACAAUCUCUCUUGACAUACAAAUAAUAAUAAUUGUGUAAAUAUUGCAAAAGUAAUAUUUUGUUCUGCUUUGCUUAAAAGAUACAGACUCUAAAUUUUUGGAUUUAAAAAUGCUUGCAUAUAGUACAUGGCCAGUAGCAGGGAUGGGAAGGGUUUGCGGUUAUUUGGACUACAUAUCCCAUCUCUGGCUAGUAUCAUGGGUCCCUGUGUUAAUUUAUGUUGAAGGCAACUUCCUCUGAUAAACUUAUUUGUGCACUUUGGUGUUUUUUUGUUUUGUUUUUUUGCAAUCAGAAUCUCCCAGAGAGACGAAUUUCUAAGAAAUCGAAUAUACUGUACACUUUCAUAACUUAAACUACUGUAUUGACAUAACAUUUGCUGUUGAGUUAUUCACACACUAGGGUUAAAUGGAAAUGUAUUCCAUGGAAAUUGUAUGUUUGCUGAGACAUGCUGGGCAGGAAAAAAAAAGAGACACCCCACCCACUUUAAUAUUUGAACUGUGAUAAAACAUUAUUCCUUCCAAGGUAAAAAAAUCUUCAAAACGGUCACGUCUACAUGAUCUGUGUGUGAAGAACUCUUGUUGUUGAUUAAUCGCCAAAUAAGAGAAAGCUAAUCAGCAGCUUGUGGAGCUUUGAAACCUCGUCAAAGAAGAAUCAGAUGUUCUUUAGUUCCCAAGCCAGCUCAGCCUCUAACUGCAAAGCGAUGGUUUACUCCAAAACACAGAGUCACAAAAUACAGAGUAAAAUAAAAUAAAACAAUGCAUAUGCUCACUCUACAGUAGCACAUGCUCUCCUGUACACCAUGAAUGGAGAAAGCCGUGGCCAAAAAUGAACCAGUGUUUAACAGCCAGCUUUUUGCAGACCAUAUCUGCCCUUGGGGUUUUCAAGAAUCUGAGAGCUAGAAAUUUGAAUUUCUGAGCAAUACAGUGGAAGGAAAAGAGGUUUUUCAUAUACAUUCAUCUAUAAAUGGAGCCUAGCACAGAAACUCUGCAUUCUUACAGAUUUGAGGUUUGUUUGUUUGUUUGUUUGUUUUUAGCAAACAAAUUAAACCUAAGUUUCCAGUCCUUGGGGUUUCCAAAAAUAGACUGGAAAAUAUUUUGGAAUGAAAGAUAGAAGAAAAGGGACCAGACAUGUAUCUUUCCAAGUGAUACAUCUUAUCUCGUGGUGAGAUUUUGUUUUUGUAAAAAACAUGAAAACCAAACAGAGAAGGGUCAUUUCCUCUCCCCCCCCCCACGUGAUACAUAGCUCAGUUAUAAACAUGGAAAUAUAUAUAUAUAUAUAUCCUUUUUGUUUGAAAUGGAAGUUUAGAUGAGAAUUUAUCACCUCUAGAACCCUCGCACUGUGUAUGAAAAGGAAAAAAAAUUGGUUAAUAUAUUUAAUCUUGUGAAUGUUGGCGGAAAAGAGAAGACACUAAAACAAUCACAACCUGUUCCUUUUUCCUUACUUGUUUUGUUUUCUAAUGCUUCAUGUUUGAAAGAGAGAAGAAAAGAUAAUUGGAACUGUUUGAUGAACACGCUACACACAAACACACACACUUGUUAAGGUAUGGACAGGUGUUCUUGAAAAGAAACUUUAGAUUUAGCAUAAAGAACUGCUUCUGUUUGCAUUGAAUGUCUUGUUCUGUAAAACUGUAAUUUCUAUUUUUAUAAAGAAAUUGGGAAAAGGAAAAAAAAAAGAGGAAGUCCUUAAGUUUCCUUCCUAAUAAAGGAGCGAUUCUGCGUAGGAACCAGCAAGAAAUAUAUAGGGCACUUGUUUAUUUAAAGGGUAGUGGGUGGGGUGGGUUUUCGUCCCCCUCAUUAAACUUCAAAAUAAUAUAAUGUAUUUUAAAAAAAACAAAGCCAAGACUUCUGAAUAAGAUGUAUUCUAUGGAAAGGUAACUAAUUGUAUAAUUGCACAGGAACUUUAUGGG